AUGAAUGAUUCUAGCGAUGAAGAGAUCAAUAUUAACAGGAAGCGAAAGCAACAAGUUAAGAAACAGGCACUCGUGGAUCUUUUUGAGGAGGAAAAUGUAGAUGAAGAUAGUGUGUCUUCUGCUGAUUAUGGUGAAAGGGAUUCUUUGUUUUUAGAGAUUUUUGGAACGGGGGAAGAAUACAAUUAUGUGCUUGAAGGACAGAAAUCUGAAUCGAGUAAGCAUAAAGAGAAUGUUUCUAUGACAAAUGAAGUUGUUGAUGCAGAAGAUGUAUAUGUUUAUGCACAAAAUAAUCUCAAGGUUGAUCAAGUGUCUCUAAAGAAAGUUAUUAACCUUUUAUCCUGUGGUUAUUCGAUACACUUUGCAUUAUUGCACACUGGAAUUGAAGGAAUUGGAAUUGAAGAUGGAUACACAAUUGUGGAUGUUUUUUAUGAGUAUAAAGAGUUUGUAAAGCUAAAAGGAGACAUGAAAAAGAAAUAUGGAGAUGAUGUGCUUCUGCACAAUAUUAAUAGUAUCCGAGAGCUUAGGUGGUAUUCUUCAUACAAACAACAAAGUGGAAAAGAUAUUGUGAUGCCAAAUGAAUUACUUUCUGUGGAAGAUUUUUGCGAAAACAUAAGAAUGGCAAAGAGAGUAUAUGAGCCUGGAUAUUCAUCAGUAGAACCAUCUUUAGGAGAAGUAGACAGAAUUGCCACGGCUAUUUCUUGCCAUCCAACAUUUAGAAAUGUUCUAUAUAGCAUACAUAAACAAUACGGCAUAGAAGAUGAAGAUAAUGGGAUUGGAGUUGACAAUGAGAUUAUAGAACGAGUGCUAAUAGAGAUGUAUCAAAGUGACAUGGCCUCUGAUGACCAGUGGAAUAAUCAUCGAAGAAGAAUUGUUCUUGUGGCAAUGGAAAAAGCCUGUGAGGUUAUUGUUCCAUUGGUGCUUGAGGAGAAAAGAAAUAAAGAUGCAAAAAGGAAAAUAUUUUUAAACACUAUUGACCGUAUAGUGAAUGGCUCUAUCGGUAUUAAAAGAGAAGGAAUGCAUAUAUGUGGAAUAACUGAAGAAAAGAGAUACUUUAAAGCAGUUAUUUUGGAUUUUGAAGGAGAAUUUGUUGAAUCGAUUGUUGUAAAGGAUAGUGAAGAGUUCAAACUAUUGGAGUUUUUUAACCAGUUUAAUCCAUGUAGUACCGCAGUGAGCGGAUCUACAACAUUGAUAAAACGACUGAUGAAAAUCAUCAUGCCUUGGAACCCAGUGUAUGUAGAGAAUCGAGUAGCCAUGAUGUCAAGCAACGAUACAUAUGCAUUCUGCUGCAGUAUUGCCAGACUUAUUAUAUGCCCUGAAAUUGAAUAUGCAGAGCUGAUAAGUAAAGGUAUUGUAUAUUUGCCACAAGAAUCAUUGUCAAGAAAGGAUGCAAUAGAGACUAUUAGAAGAGGUAUACUUACUGCUAUAUCUGCGGUUGGUGUUGAUGCGAACUAUUUGCUCAAAAACAGUAGAAAUGGCGGACUCCUGUCUCUUAUUUCAAAUAAUCUUUGUUUGAAAGAAAGAUUCAAAGAACUCAGGAAUGUACAGAGGUUGGAGGACCUUGCAUCAAUAUGUGAUAAUGAUGUUGAAUACACAAACCUUGUGGUGUAUCUUCGAGUAAAUUCUGGAAUAUUUGCAAAAGUUUCACAAGUAGAGCCAUUUGAUUCUACAUGUAUACAUCCAAGGAAUUACGAAAUAUGCAGAGAUAUGUGCAAGUCAUUAUAUGAUCAGUUAGAGUUUGCAAAAAAACCUACAUUUGAUUAUGUGCGUGAAUUAUUGAAUAACCAUAAAAAUGUGUUUAUGAAUCCAAAUUCAUUGGACUUUGCAGGUACUUCCAACAAUAAGGCACUUCUUGAUGAUAUGUGUGGAAUGCUUGCACUUAGAGAUAGAGCCUUGUAUUCAGGUCUCCCUGAUCAUUUUGUGUUUAAAGAAUUGACGGGGAGCGAUGAGUCUCUGAUUGGAAAGACUUUUGAAGCAAGUGUUGUUAAGUGUGGAGAUACAUAUUACCUCUUGAGUUCAGCAUGCACAUCUGCUGCCAUUUAUGUCAAGAAAUCUAAACAAACAGAAGAACUUUUUCUCAACCAACUUGUUAUGGUAAAGAUAGAAUGUAUGAAUUGCUUUAUGCUGUCUUACACAGGAUCAAUAGUUGUCCAAGAGCAUAGAAGAUCGCAGCAUUACCGGUUUAUGACACAUCCAUUAUUCAGAAAUCUAAAUAGUGAAGAAUCAGAAUGCUAUCUUAGAGACAAAUGCUUGCCAUUGGUUCUGAGAGCAAGCAAAAAUGAUGGAUCUCCAAUAGUGGUUUUGAAGAUUCUAGAUGAUGUUUAUGUGCAUAUGAAGGUGGUGGAAGAUGAAAAAUAUUGCUACAAAGAAUGCAUAUACGAUAGUUUGGAUGAAUUCAUAUCGAAGGUUACAAAGAAAAUACUUAUGAAUGUCAAAAGCAUAAAAGAUCACAAAUACUACUUUGAAAACGAAGGUAGUCUAUUAGAGUAUCUAGGCCAAGGGGGAAGUUACAUAAGGUACGGGUUUUACUUCAGCAGAAAAUAUCCAGGAAAGAUUUGCAUGAUGUAUAGCAAUGGGCGCUGUUUCAAGGAAUAUAUAACUGUGAAUGAACAUCUAGUAUAUGAAGGAAUGAACUUUGCUACAUUGGAUGAGUUUAUGAGAUAUAGAAAAUCUAUUUGA